CUUGACUGCCACUAUCUUCGCCGCCGCCACCAUGGUCGAAAGCAAACAUGCCUUGCAAGCCACUGAUUGUGAUGACAGUUCUCCGGGAGCAGUGACCUUGACGUCGCUGCCUGACGAGUUGCUGCUGGAAAUUGUCGAUUGCCUUCCACGCGUGUCGGUCCUCAUAAAUCGCAACAUGCCAUACGACGAGGAUGAUCUGACCCGACGCGAGAUCAUCUCUGCGCUGUCGCAAACCUGUCGUCGGUUCCGCAUCUUGUUGCACCCCCUCUUGUGGCAGACGAUUGAGGCAGUGGCAAAGAAAGGUGUACAGUGGAAGAAGAGAUUGGCCACAGAUCUAGUGCGCCAGCUGGACUUCGCGAUCCACAAUCCGUCUAUUGCCGAACAUGUGGAGUCAUUAUCUAUAAUCGUGACCGAUGACCUCUACGCAAGCGUCACAGACAAGCUCUGCGCUGGCCUCGCCAUGUUCAAGAAUCUCCACACCCUGCAGAUACCCAAGGUCACUGGGCCCAAUUUCAUCUUCACAGAUGCCGAGUGGCUCCCCUGGGCAAUACAGAUGCAGCAGCCUUUGCUUUCUGUGCGCACUAUGGCUAUGCCGUGGCAGCUCUUCGCGCUCCUGCAUUGCACUCCAAACUUGGAACGUCUGCACAUCGUCGACUGGACCCCUCGCCCUUGGGGACCAAGGACGUACCAUAGACUGGCAAGCAAGGUCCUUCGCCAAGUCCCUUAUCUGAAGGAAUUAACGAGUACGGAUCUGCUACUGGACGCAUCUUGGAUCUGCGAUUGGUACGCGAUAGAGGCGCCUAGCCUGGAGCAUCUCACUGUACAAGUGUACGACAGUAGCAGCGAACCUACCCCGAGCCAGCAUUACCUAGAGCAAAGCAUCCUCGACAUCGUCUGGGAGCUGCAUUGGCUGCGAACGCUGAAAAUCGUUGCCGGGCGCCCCAACGACGAUGACACGUUCUGGAAGGAAAGCCAGCUCAACCUGAUCGAACCGCUGCGAAGGAUGAUCCCCAAGCGCAAUGUAGAGCCUCUCGAGCCUUCUUCCGAGGCCGAGCAUCCGAUGGCUAUGGUACGCGGACCACCGUCGACGUCGCUCAGUCUCACCUUCGUCUACCCCUCUGGCGCGGAAGAGACUAUCGGGAUAGAGGGAUACUAAAAGCGACACGUCCACUCAAGAAAGUCGAUGCUUCGGGCCUUUCGAACACCGCAAUUCUUACAGUCCCAUACGUAGGCGUACAGUAGAACGUCUACACCCCUGAAUUUCAUGCUUGC